AUGACUUCCGAGACGACCAAACACGACAAGACUGUUCCUCAUGAAGAGGCGCCCACGGCUGGCCUCAAUGCGGCUAGCACGAUCUAUAUUGACCCAGACAAGGAGAGGGCCAUCAUCACUAAGUUCGACUGCUUCGUUAUGCCACAGUUUGUCAUCAUCAUCAUCCUUGCAUACCUGGACCGGACAAACAUUGGCAACGCUCGCAUCUUCGGCUUUGAACAAGACAUCGGACUCAAGGGCAAUGAGUUUGCCAACAUUUCGUCUAUCUUCUAUGUCACAUAUGUAAUCUUCGAACUUCCAUGGGUGCUCGCGGUCAAACGAUACGGCGCCAACUUGGUCCUAGCCAUCGCCAUAGUCUGCUGGAGCGCCGUGGUCAUCGGCACAGGCUUCAUCCAUAACUAUACCCAAGCAAUCGUGGUUCGGCUUCUCCUUGGCUUUACCGAAGCUGGAGUAAUCCCUGCCAUCACUUUUCUCCUGUCAACAAUCUACCCUCACGAGUCCCAGGGGAAGCGUGUGGCUUUCAUCUAUGGCGCCACGGCACUAGCUGGGGCGUUUGGAGGUCUAAUUGCCUACGGCAUUCAGACCAUGGGCGACAGACUUGGCCUCGCCGCCUGGAGGUGGCUCUUCAUCGUCGAAGGUUCCAUCUCGGUUGGCAUUGGGCUGCUUUGUUGGGCGUCUCUUCCUCGAUCGUCACAAGAUGCCUGGUUUCUUAAGGAUGAUGAGAAGCGGAUCAUGCAGCAACGGCGUCUGAGGGACGUGGCCUAUACUGGGUCCGAUGAAUUCUCCUGGUCCUAUGUUUGGAUGGCGCUCACGGAUGUCAUGGUGUGGGUGGCCGCCCUGAGCCUCUUCUGUGCAGGCAUCCCGCUGUUUGGCUUUGGACUUUUCUUGCCCACGAUUAUCAAAGGGCUUGGGUUUGAAUCCCUUCAGGUCAAUUACCUGACCAUCCCGGUCUACAUUGUUGGCUGUAUCAUCCUUGGAACGGCCACUUAUGUCUCUGAUCGACUCAGAAAACGUGCAGUGGUUGCAAUAUUACCCCCAGUUCUUGUGAUGAUCGGGUACGCCGUGGUACUUGGUACACCUGCGGUUGCCCCGGGAUACUUUGCUAUGUUCUUGUGUUCUGGAGUGUACACCUACAACGCCAUCCUGGUGGCCUGGGUGUCGAAUAAUAUCAAGCCAGAUCACAAGCGUAGCGCAGCACUGCCCUUUUUCCUUUCCAUUGCCAAUGUCUCGGGCGUGGUUGCCAGUCAAGUAUACCCAAACUUCACGGCUCCAAGGUACAUCAUGGGCAACGCGAUCAGCCUUGCGAUGGAAUUCGCCGCAGUUUGUGGUAUCGGACUUAUCUAUCUCAUUUUGAGAUCAAGAAACAAGAUCAAGGCCGAGCAGGUUACCCAGGGGGUUACAGAUAACGGAGAGAAAGGAGACAAGGCUUUGGAUUUUGAGUAUAUGCUUUGA